AUGUUAAAUUACGAUUUUGACAUCCAGUACAUACCAACAAACGAAUUCGGUUGUGCAGAUCUGUUGUCCCGACUGAUUGAUCGAACCAAACAACCGGAGGAAGAAUUUGUGAUAGCAGCACUGAAUCUAGAAGAAGAUCUAACAAGUAUUCUUUCUGACGUGGCAGAGAAGGUUCCGGUGUCAUUCGCAGCAUUGCGCAAGGCUACAUUAACAAACUCAACUCUACAAACUAUUGCUAAACACAUCCGUGAUGGCUGGCCAGCUUGUUCUAAGGAUCUUUCCACUGCGAUUCAACCUUACUACAACAGACGUGAAACGCUUAGUCUAAUCGAUGGGAUUCAUAUCGAUGACGCUGGACCGGUGGAUGGAGUCUACUUUUUAGUAAUAGUCGACCUCUACUCUAAAUGGCCUGAGGUGCACGUAACCAAAUCAACAACGACAAAAGCCACACUCAAGCUGCUCAAUCAUUCAUUUGCAACAUUCGGCGUGCCGGAAACAAUCGUGUCAAAAAACGGCACCCAGUAUGCAAACCAAGAAUUUCGAAUCUUCUGCUCCAGCCAGGGUAUUUGUCAUAUUCGUAUCGCUCCUUAUCAUCCACAAUCCAACGGCUUAGCGGAGAGAUUUGUGGAUACGUUGAAGAGAAGUCUACGAAAAAUUCGUUCGGGAGGAAAAGGACCCGAGAACCAACCUUGUACUCUACUAUGA